AUGAAAGAAAGAAUCAGAGAUGGUUCCAAUCUUCAAUAUAAUUUCUAUAAGGUUUCUUGCCCUCAAGCUGAGAAUAUUGUUCGUUCCGCUGUUACCGAUAUUUACUUUAAUCAUAGAGACCUGCACCUUCUCUUCUUCGUCUCUUUUCAUGAUUGCUUCAUCCAGGGUUGUGAUGCUUCCUUGUUGUUGGAGGACAAUGGUGAUAGAAACAGUUCCUAUGAGAAGCAAGCUAUUCCAAAUCAAACAUUGAAAGGUAAUGACAAAGUUGACUUGAUUAAGGAGGAGGUCGAACAAGCAUGUCCCGGCGUUGUCUCUUGUGCUGACAUACUUGCUCUUGCAGCGAGAGAUUCCGUUUUUUUGCUGGUUAUCCUCAAGGGUAUCAAUGUUUUAGUAAAGUUAAUAAUUUUUGCACUUAUGAUUUAUUUAUGGACAUGGCCAUGGCAGGGUGGUGGUCCUUUCUAUCCAGUUUUAACAGGCAGACGAGAUAGCCUGCAAUCGUUUUUCCAGGAGGCAACUGAUCAAAUUCCAAGGCCUGACGAUAACAUCACGCGCACACUGCACCUCUUCAAUCUUAGAGGAUUCAACGCACGGGAAACAGUCAGCCUCCUAGGUGCACACAACAUUGGAAAAAUCUGUUGCGAUUUCAUUCAGCAAAGGCUCUACGACUUUCAAGGAACAGGGCAACCAGACCCGAGUAUACCUCUCGAUUUCCUCAGUCAGAUGAGGCAAAACUGUCCUGACAACAAUAAGAAUAAUGUCAUCAGCAACGGAAUGUUUUCGACGUUUACAGUUUCAAAGCCAAUGAAUGUUCAUCACUCUAAUAACAAAGGGAUGUCAUACAAGCAAGCAUUGUCAUCUGCAGUGUCAUCUGGAGCAUCUUUUGACACUCACUACUAUCAGAGUUUGUUGAGAGGAAGAGGGUUAUUGUUUGCUGAUCAACAGCUGAUGGCUGAAGAGAAGACAGCCAAAUUGGUUUCUGCUUAUGCUUCAGAUGACGGAUCAACCUUUCGGAUGGAUUUCGCAAGGGUUAUGAUGAAAUUGUCUAACCUUGAUGUUUUGACUGGAAAUCAAGGUCAGGUUCGUCUGAAUUGCUCCCGUGUCGUAAGCUCUUAAGCGAGUUGGUUCAUAUAUUUCAUUCUGGCUUAGCAAAUUGGUUCUCUUCCUAUGUAAGUUUCUUACACACAUUUGAUGGUAGUUUUAGCCAUGUGUUAAAUGUUUACAGAAUUUAUAGAUUUUGAUGGUACUGUGUUAAAUGUCUAGUAUUG